AUCCCAGCUAGCUGGCUCCGCAAAAACACCCUAUUAUCUUAUUUGAGUCCAGCACUUACUGUUUUGGUUUACCUUAAUUUAGAGAUCAACAUGAAGAAAAGUUGCAAUCUGGAACUGGAACUUCGCCUUUCAUCCUCUUCUGAUGAAUGUUCCAGCUCCUCCCCUCACCACCGAUCAAGUGAAGACAUGCAACAGCAACGGCAGCUGACCAUUUUUUACAAUGGAGCAAUGUGCGCUUGUGAUGUCACUGAGCUUCAGGCUAGAACAAUUCUUUGUGCUGCAAACAAUGAAAUAGGGAAUAUGGUGGUAAAGACUAGUACUACUCCCAGUUCGAGUCCAAGAGAUCACUAUAAAUUAUCUUCACCAAGCAUGCACUACUCUCCACCAUACAGCAGUCGUGUUCCGGCUGGUGGUUUGUCUAUGAAGAAGUCACUGCAAAAGUUUCUCCAAAAGAGAAAUCAUCGGAGCCAAGCAUCGCAUCCCUACCGUUGAAGAGUUGUAGAUUAGUUGAUGACAACAAGAGCAAACACAAUUUUAUUAGCAGAAUGUAUCUUUUUUUUAUCUCUUAAUUUUUUGUUGUUGAUCUUCUCUGUAAAUUCGUCCACAGAUUCCUACCACACAAGUGGCUCAAAAUCAAAUUAUCUCCA